AUGGAUGAAAAUACAAUGGAAUGGAAGAAGAAGAUGGUGUCAGAACUGUCAGAAGAGAUAUCCUUUUCGAUGGACGAAAAUACAAUGAAAAGGAAGAAGAAGAAGAUGGUGGCGGAACUGCCGGAAGAGAUAAUCUACAAUGAAAUACUUAUGCGUCUUCCAAUUAAAUAUGUUGUACGAUUCAAAACCGUUUCUAAAUAUUGGCAAUCUUUGCUCUCAGCUCCCAAAUUCGUGAAACAACACCUGAUUCGUAGUGCAACUCAAAAUCCUAAUGGUCAUGACUAUGUGAUAGCUAAGAAGUACAACACAGUCUACAUGCUUUCUCGCUACAAAGAAAGAUAUUUGCUCCCUGCAGAUAAUUAUCAGUUAAUUGGUUCCAUAAAUGGCUUAGUUUGUCUUGGUAGUGGCCGAAAGUUAGCCUUAUGGAACUCGGCUAUUCAUCAGUAUAAGGAAUGCACACUUCCACCAAGUCGUGGCUAUAAAUUUCAUUAUAGUAUGGGACUCGGUUAUAAUGCUGCAAAUGAUAAUUACAAGGCUGUAGUUCUUUCAGCUAAUCUAAGGUCUGCCGGUGUUUACGAGUCUGGUUCGGAUUCCUGGUGUGACAUAACUGUUGCUCAUAAAAUGUUUUCUAAGAAUGCACUUGAGAAAUGGACUCCAACUACUAUUGUAAAGGACUGUCUUUACCGGACAUGUUCUAGACUAUCGCCCGAUAAGAAGUUUGUCAUAUCAUUGGGUGUAGUAAAGUUUGAUGCAACCACUGACAAAUUCAAGUUGCUGCCUGAGUUCCGCUCUAAUAUAUUAGCAAGUUCAGAGAAUUAUAAUUUGACUUAUAAAUUCGCGGACAUGACAGAUCAUCUUGCAUUGAUUGUGAUUCACCGAAGCUCUGCAGAUUGUAUGGUGGAUAUCUACUCUUUGGAGGGGGAUGAGGGAUGUAGUCCUUGGAUUAAAAUGCGCAGUAUGGGUCCAAUUGUUUUCCAGCAGCGACUGAAGUGUGUAUCAGUGUUGCAGGGUUUUAAGUAUGGCGGUGAGAUUGUAUUUUAUGUUCACGGAGUUAUAUCCUGCUAUGACUGCAACAAAACUAGCGGAAUGGUUCCCUACUUUGAUAAAAAAGUGGUGCAGUCAAACAACUAA